GAAUAAUCGAGACUGCUGACAUUAAUAUUUGAGAAUAGCUAUAAAUAAAAAAAAGGAUAGAUUGUGUCCAGAGUCACGGAUGUAUUCCGAGUUUACACAGGAAAGAAAGAUCGUAUAACGUUUUGUUUUACUCUUGCAAAACAGAAAAAUGUCUGUAAAGGUCACGUACAUACGUCAGUACUACGGACGCGCAUGCGCAUAUUUGCAACACGCAAAAAUCAGGUAGAGUUCUGAUAUUCACUAACAGUACUAUAGUGCAGCUUCGUGCAGCCCCAGUGCAGAAAAAAAGAACAGACUUUUAAUAUAACUAUUUUUACUGCCGAUUUCUUCAUACUUCCCGAUAGCUUUCCUUUGGAUAAAGAUAUACAAAAAAAUAUACUUUAUCUUUUAGAUGAAGUUAUCGAGAACUUAUCAAAGGUGAAGAAAUUGGGCAUUAGUUGGUACUUCCUCGAUGUUCAGUUGAUAUUACUAUCUUAUCACUUGGCAACACUGUUUGCAAUAUUCUCUGAUGUUAAUGAGAAAGAAGAACUCUUUAAGUAUAGUGAAACAUUUUGAUUCAUCAGUGAUAAUUCUGUAAACUCAUUUUUGUGCUUGUGCUUACUGCAAGGUGCUUGUUGUGUUGUGUUCGUAAUCAUCACUAUCUCGGAUUCAGUCGGUUAGCGGACUAACAGAAUUGCUUGUUAGUCUGAUAAAGGAUUUGCAAUAUGCAAACUUGGAACCAAUGGCAAGUGUCAUCUGAUGCUGUUACGACUCCUGGAUCACAGCCAGCUGGUUAUGUUGCAGCAUCAGCUACUGAUCCUAUGGCUAUGAUGCAAACCCAUUUGCAAUAUUAUAAUCAACCAGCACCUAGUGGAUAUACACCGGAACAAUGGACAAGAAAAAUACAGCAAGAAUGGGUUCAGUGGCAACAAUGGCAACAACAAUAUCAGCAGUGGCAAGCACAGUAUGGCGAGAAGUAUCAGCAGACAAUGCAUCAUUUAUCAAUGCAAAAUCUGAAUUUGACGAAUCAAGCACAACUGCUCUCAAAUAUACAACCACCGCUUCUUCCGCAAGAAAAUACGGCACCUCCCUUAUCUCUUACUGCUAAAAAUACAUACCAGUUUAUAAACAUGCCACCCCCACAUCAGAAUAAUCUUCCAUUAUUUCCCGCAAAAGAACCUACCAAUACAACGACGCAAACAAAUGCGACAAACCAUCCUCAAAACCCACCGUUACCUACGUAUCAACCUAUAAAUCAACCACCUUUACCACCUGACAGUGGCGAGAAUAAGCAGAAUGUCUCGAUUGAGAGUUGCGAAAGUAAUGUAAUCAGUGAGUAUAAUAGUGCUAAAAACAGAAUACUUGAAGAUAAUGAGAAAACCGAGGCUGAGAAAACGUUUGAUGCGCAAUUUAAACAAUGGGAAGAGCAGUUUAACAAAUGGAAAGAGCAGAAUGCCGAUCAUCCGGAUAAGGCUCAGUACAAACAAUACGAAGCAAAGUGGACAGCAUGGCGUGAGAAACUUAUUGAACGACGUGAACAAAUGCGUAAAAAACGUGAACAACAGAAACAAGUCACUACUAAAACAGAAGUUGAAAAAACCAAAACCAUAGCCGGUGACAAUAAAAUAAUGGAUAUUUUAUCGAAUACCGAAAAUCAAGGGUUAAUUAAUAAUCUACUGGGUAUUGGAAAAACUUUGGGACUGACGGGAAAGCAAGAUGUUAAUGUACCCUUACCACCACCGCCACCGCCGCCUCCUCCACCACCGGAAAACACAUCUUCCAAUCAACACCUUGUAACUCAAGCUCAACAAACUCCACAAAUGAACAUGACUAAACCUACGGUUGCAUCAUCCUGGUCAAAUCAACAGCAGUGGCCGUCUCAACAGCACAAUCCCAGAAUGAAUGUACCAAGACACGGACCCGAGUUACCUGGAACAGAUACAAUAUCUACAACACAAGCAAAUAUCGGUCUAUCUCAAAUAAUAUCACCGAACUUUACACAACCACCACCAAAUAUCGCACAAAAUUGUCCACAAUUUUCAUCAAAUUUCUCUAAUAAUGAUCGGUCCCAAUUGCAAACUGAGAGAACUUCAGCAAAUGAGAGAAAUGGUCCUGCAUAUGAUUUGUCUGAUCCUUCAAACAUGAACAUGCGUUUUAUGCAUUCAAAUGAUCGAUCAGCUCCUAAUUUUAAUAGAUUGUCCAGUUUCAGAAGGAACGAUCAGGAACAUUUAGAACAAGAUAAUAUUAAUUUGAAUUUGAAUGAACGAGAAGAUCAGCUUAGAUCAACUGAUAACUUUGAUCGAGCCGAAUCGCAUCGUUUUAGAGGAGAUGAUAGAAAUUAUAAUGAUUUUGGAAACAUUCAAUCGAAUCGAUCAAACAACUUUAAUCCGAAUAAUGAACGAUUUGGACUUGGAAACGAUCGUUUUGGUCAAAAUAAUGAUCAUUUUGUCAAAGAAAACAAUCGCUUUACACCGAUGGAAAAUGACAAGUUUGGCGAUAGAUUUAGAUCAUGUAAUGAUCGAUUUGGUCCAGGAUCUGAUCGAUUUAAUAAUGAACGAUUUAGACCAAGUGUGGAAAAUGAUCGAUUUAAACCCGAAAUUGACCGAUUCACGAUGGAUAAAGAUCGUCACGGACCUGGAAAUAAUCGAUUUGGACCGCCUUUUGGGUCGGAUCGAUUUCCAUUAAGUAGCGAACGAUUUGUCACAGCACCUGGAUUUGAUCGUUUUUCUUCGAGUAACAAUCGAUUUGGUCCCAACAACGAACAUCUUCGUCCAAAUGAUCGAUUUGGUAGAGGUAACGUCGAUUACUUCAAUUCAAAAGACGGGCCUGAUCUUAGAUCACGAGACAGUUUUGACAUUAAUUUUCGAGGGGGAUUCAACAGAAAUCUACCAUUUAGUCCAUUGAAUGAGUUGCCGGAGCUAAAAAAGCUAAUGGAAAAACGAAAAGCUGCUGGAGACGUAUUCAAACCUAGUUUUGUUGAUUCUGAGAAAUGUAGUAAUGUUGAUUCUCUCAGCGAAAGCUUCAAAAAGAUUGCUGGUGGAUCACUUUUUAAAAAUUCUUUUGAUCUUCAAAAAAAUCGUAAUGAUGAAUCAGCAAUCUUAUUGAAUAAAGCAUCCAAUUUUGAACAACAUUGUCAUUCCGAAAUAGAACAAAGUCCUACUUCAUUGUAUGGACCACGAAGUCAUCCUUUUAACCGUAAUGAGCCUCUUUUUAGAGAAUUUUCAGACACCUUUGUCAAAUCAAAUUCUAUGAAUUAUAAUGAUCGAUUAGAUAAAAAUAUGGAAAUUAAGUCGCAUCACAUUCAAUCUCAAACAACUAAUGUACAGUCUCAAGAUUCUAUUAAACAUUCUGAUGAUAACAAAGUUGCUGGUUCUUCACUGGAAACUAAUAAUAGUGUUGUAGAUACAGUAGAUACAGUGAUUGAAUUAAAUGAGACCAACAAUACCACUAUGCAAACAGAUGUUGUUACUUCUAAAGACAUUUCAGAAGAAAAUAAAAAUAAAGAAUGCCAGAUAAAUGAUAAUGAUACUUCUUUGGAGCGGAAUGAUAACGAAUAUAAUAAUCAGAUCUCUAGCGUCGAAAUAAUAAAAGAAGUUGAUAAUAAAGAUAACGCCAGCAAACAAUCUGAAAGCUUACCUUUUAUGGAUGAAACCGAUCCACCGCCAGAAGACUUGAAUAUUGAACCUCCGCCAGAACUACCCAAUCUGUCUCCUGUUUCUACAAAUCUGAGUCAAAACGCACUUAGUUCAAAUAAUAAUUGCAGUGAAAACAAACUAAUUGGCAAUCAGUUUAAUUUACGAUUUGAUGCGAGGGAGAUAGAAGUAAAGUCUGGAUUUGCAUCCCGCGAACCGCCAACAUUUAACAGCUUUGGUCCCAGUGAGCCUCACGCACUCCCAAUGGAUCCUGUGUUCCAACCACGAAAUUCUUUGGAUAAAGACUUAGGUUUGCAAGUUUUCAAUAAAAAUCAGCUUGAAUCUAAUGAAAAUUCAUUUAGUUCUGGAAGACCUAAUACUGAGCAAUAUAAUAAACGAAAUUGUAACAAUCAAGAAUCAUUUGCAGACUCUAAUAAUAGACAAUUCGACCGACGAGGCUUUAUGGAUGAGCAAUUCGGUCAAUAUGGCUCGCGAAAUUUAGGUCCAAACGGACCGAAAUGUUUUGACCGACAGAUAGAAUCAAAAAACCAGAUUGAUGUAACAUUUGCUACAUCAAAAUCUAGUUUGUUCGAGCUUAAAGAUAACGAUAUGCAGUGUAAUUCUAAAACCGAUAACAGUCGUAUGGAUUUUCGAUCACCUGGAUUUUCAGAAAAUUACUUCGGUUCACGAGGACCUAACGAUGCAUUUAGCGGUCCAAGAAGACUUGAUGAUACUCCUUCCGAUUUUCGAGGUCUUAGCAAUCCUCAGUGUGGUCCUACGGAGUUUAAUAGGUUUAGUAAUACGAACGAAGCACCGUUUGAGAAGAAACUUCCUUUUGAUAAAAGCGGUUUUAGUUUUUCCAAUGAAAACUCUCUUGGUUCUCGAAAUUAUGUCAAGGGAUUGCCUGAUUCUUGUAGUCCUAACAAUACUAUACUUAAUUCUCACAAUCUAAAUGAUAUUCUUCAACGUAAUCUUAAUAAUUCUAAAGAGAACCAAUUCCAAUCACGAAAUUUAAACAAUCGGCCUUUCAGGCCAUUAGACUUAAAAGAAAAGGAUCUGAUGAAUGAUUCAAAUAAUCCAUAUUUUUCGCCUUUAGAAGAUUCUUCUUUAUUCUUUAAUCGCUGCGAUUAUGCGCGUAGAGACUCUUAUGUAAGAAAAGGACAAUUUGAAGAUGAUAUUUCUACUAAAAGGAUUAGAUAUAAAAGUCCGAAUGAAUUCAAUAAAACUUUUUCUGACAGAAAUAUUAGUAUGGAAAUGCAAAAAGACUAUUCUAGUGAUACUAAAAAUGUGUCCGAUAAAACAGGAUUAGAAAAGAUAUCUCACCAAGAAUACAGACCUACUGAUGUUUGGAAAGAUAAGUUUGGCAAUGAUCAGAUUACUGAUAGAGGUCAACAUGAUAUUGAUUAUAAAUCAAGACGUGGUGAAUCCGUACCCGAGUUGGACUUUCAAUCAACGCGUACAUUUGAUGUAUUUAAACGUCCUCAAUUGAAGACUGGCAAAGAAUUUUGUGCGCCGAAGCAGUUCAAUUAUAAUCACGGCGAAGUUAAUAAAAAGUUUACAGAAUCACAUCACUUUACUCCGGUUAAAGUAAUAGAUUAUGAACAUAAAUCCCGUCCGUUGAUUGUAGAUCAGCAUCUAACAUCAGUUCAAAGCUUUGACUACGGUCAUGGCAAUUUGAAACCAGUGACACUGAAUCGCGAGCAGCAGAAACAACAUUAUUAUUCAAAAACAGAUUUUAGAAAUUGGGUAGAGAGUGAGCAAAACUUGAAGGAAUAUACUGAUGCGAUAAACAACUUAAAAAGUUAUAAGAAUAAAACAAACAACUACGAUGCACAUAAGUCGCUAGACUGUAACAAGCGGAAGAAACAAGACUGGCAAUUGAGCGAUAAGAAAUUUGAUGAAGAAAGAAGAGAAAAUAAUCGUAAGGAGAGAGAAUGUAAUCCUGAAUCAGAGUCUUCAUACAUCGACCUUGAUUCUGAUAACGAUCAAAACAAUAGAUAUCAAAGUGAUACAAAUGUUCUCAAAGGACAGGCUCAAGAGAUAUGCGAAAGUUCAAAAGAGAUGAAUAAAGACAACAACAAAGAUGAUAUAAGACUAAAAGGAAAUAUUAGCUGCCAGGAGAAUUCGAACAAAAACGUCGUAGAUACGAAGAUACAAGAAAUCAGCAUUUCUUCGGACACAAAGAAAAAUGUCGCAGAAUUAUCUCCACAAACUUUGGACCUGUCAAGGCUUCCAAAUAAUACCAUGGUUGAUGACUUGUUAUGUCCACCAGGUCGCCAGAACAGACCACCAAAAAUAGCUAUUAUUCUGAGAGGACCACCCGGUAGUGGCAAGUCAUUUGUGGCUAAACUUAUUAAGGAUAAAGAAGUUGAACAAGGCGGUUCCGCGCCGAGGAUAUUAAGUUUAGAUGAUUACUUUCUCGUAGAAAAGGAAAUAGAAACUACAGAUGAUAAUGGAAAAAAAGUUAAAGUUAAGGAAAUGGUGUAUGAAUAUGAAGAAGCUAUGGAACAAAGUUAUGUAGCAUCGCUCUGUAAAGCUUUCAAGAAAAACAUAAUAGAUGGCUUCUUUACUUUCAUCAUAUUGGACUGCAUUAAUGAGAAAAUCUCAGAUUAUGAAGACAUGUGGAGUUUUGCCAAAACAAAAGGUUUUAAAGUAUAUGUAUGCGAGAUGGAAAUGGAUCCACAGAUAUGCUUAAAAAGAAAUAUUCACAAUCGUACUGAAGAUGAGAUUAAUCGGAUUAUAGAUUAUUUCGAGCCCACGCCUAGUUAUCAUCAGAAGUUAGAUGUAAAUUCAAUGUUACAAGAGCAGGCAAUAGAGGAGGUUGAUAUGGAAGAUAGUCAAGGAAUACAAAAGAACUCUGUCACACAUCAUGAAGAUAGUCAAGACAGUCAGCAAGAUAUUUCUGACGAAAGUGGUGUUAGCAAAUGGGAAAGAAUGGAAGCUGAAGAUAAAUUAGAUCGAUUAGAUGGUUUGGCAAAAAAAAAGAAUGAAACAAAACCUCAAACUAUGGAAGACUUUCUUCAAGUCCCUGAUUAUUAUGAUAUGGAAGAUACUUCCGGUAAAAAACGGGUACGUUGGGCCGAUCUAGAAGAGCGCAAAAAACAAGAAAAAAUGCGCGCUGUCGGAUUUGUCGUUGGUCACACUAAUUGGGAUCGAAUGAUGGACCCUACAAAGGGUGGUAGUGCCUUGACACGCACCAAGUAUAUAUGACUCACUUCUGAAACACAUAAACAAUAAUGUUAAAAAAGUCAUAUCAAGUAUAGUUGCAACAACAGUAUAUGAGAUUUAUUAUUUGCUGUUCUUUUAAUGAAUUGACGUUUACAAUAUAUCGUGUAAACAUAAAUCAGUAUGCACUAAGCUUGAAUAAAUGAACUACUCAGAAUUUGCCAUCAAUUUGUUAAUGAUAAUAUCAGCAGAUCUAGUGACCAAAUACAGGCCUGCUUUGUCUUAUCUAAUCUUUGCAAGAUCUCACUUGUAAGAGCAUGCAAUAAAAAUAGAAAUAUACAUUCCUUAAACAAAUUGCUAUCAAAAUCUGCAAAUAAAAUGUCAAAUUUGAGGAGAAUAUCAUAAUAGAUCAGAAGCUUUUUGUAAGACAAAGUCGGGUUUGCGUUUUAUUACCAGAUCUGCUGAUAUCACCCAACAAAUUGGCGGCAAAUUCCGAACAGAUCUGCUACAAUUCUCUUAAAGUGUUGCUGUAGAGUACUGUUAUGUGUUGACAGAACCGCUGCGAAUCUGCCAUUAAAUAUGCGUUUGAUAGAUCUGUUACAGUUUUGGUCAAUUUGAGUUAGACACAUUGCUCAGGAGUUGUUGCCAAUUUGUUAACUCUUACUGGUAUUUGACAAAAUCUGUUUUCUAUAUAUUGCCGAUUUCUUCAUAUCUUUCGUUAGUUAUCCUCUAGAUAAAGAUAUACUUUUAUCUUUUAGAUAAAAUUAUCGAGAAUUUGUCAGAGGUGAAGAAAGUGGGCAAUAGUACAUCAGUACAUAAUCAGUAUGUAAAAACUAUUUAUCUGGUUUUUAUAAUUUUGUCAGAAUAAAAAAACAAAAGAGUA